AUGGCGCUACACUGCCUUGAUCUGGGCAUUUCACGAUUUUUGCAGUUCAGCGCUACUCUGGUCCUUCCUGGGGAGGCUGAUCUGGAACAUUUACGCGGCACUGCGGUGGAAUUGCUGAAAGCAUGGCCGUCGCUGCAGGAAAGGGUCAACUUACUGAGCGGCCGACUCUCAAGGGGAAAGGAAGAUGUUGAAGAAUUCUGGAAAUCUAAAAUGUUGAUUACCUGUUCCCUAAACGAUGUCGUCCCAGUCACCAAUGGCCGUGUAAACAAUUCGAAGAAUUUUGAUGAUAUUUUUUCCUUUCCUACGGCUUUACAACAUCCCUUUUGUGAUGCUGCUGGCCUUUACCAUAUUAUUGAGGCAUACCGUUCUCUCUUGGAUGGUGAACCUAUCAAGUCUAUUAACCCUCGACAGCCGAUUGAACUGAACGACGAACUUCCUGUCAGGGAAAUGCGAAGUAGAGAGGCGGGUGAGCCAUCAGACUUUGCAAAGUUUCAGGAAGAGUCCAUAAAAGUGGGAUGGCGAGCAUUUGGCAAGGUCUGUAUCAAACAAUUUUUGCUGAAUCCAAAGAAAUUCGAGAAUUCGAUUCGUAUCCCAGCGUCCAGGAUCGGCUAUCUGCGAGAAAAAGCGGAAGAGGGAGGGAUAAAAGUGACUUCUCAUGAUUUACUCUUGGCUUGUAUUUACAAGUCUUGCGCAGUCUCCCCUACUUGGCGAAAAGUUGCAAAAGAUGGAAAAGAAAUGCCGCCUUUCAACAUUAUUCUCAAUAUCAAAAACUUGUUAAAAGAGAACACACAGCUCCACAAUCCAUUUAUCGGCGUCAAUGUCCCACCACCAGCAAUUACCGCAACUUCCGAAACCGAAGCCAUCCUUAACCUGGCUGCUCAUAUGCGGUCAACUAUUGUGAACGCUCGCUCGAGAGACUGUCUAAGCCGCGUCCUUGACAAACACCAACGUUUCCAAGGAAAGCCAAUUGGAACUCGAAACCUGGGGUCCAAGUUCCCGACAGUAUUCGUCAGCUCCUGGGCACAUCUACCUCUUUUUGACCUUGAGCUUCAGCUUAGUGCCAGCAAGAGGGCACGGAUAUGCUAUAUGGAACCGGAUAUUGCUGCUGCUGAAAUCUUCAGAAGGGCUGGCUGCAAGAAACUUGCAAAUAUACUCGAGACCUGGAAAGAUGGCAAGGGGGAUUUCUGGGUGCAUGGGGUUUUGGAGAAGAAAGUGUGGUCGGAGCUCAAUAACUAUUCCAUUGAAUGUGUUUAA